GAUAGUGCAUUCCACAUGAUCUUUCCCACGCUUUUAGCUGUGUAAAAACAUGUAACCUCAAAUUCAAAUCAUUGGAGAGCUCCAUUCAACCUAAAAUGUUCACACAUCCACAUGGUCAGUAGUCAACAACACUAACCUGGAGUUUUCUAAAACCCUCUAUUUAUAGCAACAUGUAGCUCUAAAACAAACCUCAAUACACUCUCCAUUCCUUUGUUCUUGUGGCACCAUGGCUUCAGUGAGAGCUGCAUUGGUCUGCAUUGCGUCGAUGGCAGCGAUGGUGCGGUUUGCGAGGAGCGCGGACUACACGGUCGGCGGGCCGAGCGGUGGGUGGGACACGAGCACCGAUCUGAAGACGUGGGCCACAAAUCAGAAGUUGGCCGUCGGAGACAGCCUGACUUUCACGUACCAAAGUUUCCACGAUGUCGUGGAGGUAAAAAAAUCCGGCUAUGACUCCUGCAGCGCGGCCAACUCCCUGGCCACCUACACCGGCGGCCGCACUGCCAUCCCGCUGGCCUCGCCCGGCAAGCGCUACUUCAUCUGCGGCGUCCCCGGCCACUGCACUGCCGGCAUGAAGCUUGAAGUCGACGUCCUCCCCUCCGCCGCCUCCCCCCCACCGACCGCCACCGCGUCCCCACCCCACUCGCCCAAACAUAGCAGCAACAAUAGGCACAACAGCAAGCCGCCUGCCGCCUCCCCUGCGAAUGCGCCGACGUCGUCGGAGGCCAUCUCGGCACCGCCCGAGCGUAGUUCAGACUUUCAGCCCGUGAAGGCUGCGCCUGCAGCAGCACCUACGUCUGCGGCUGCAGUUGCCGGCUGUGGCCGGUGGGUGAAUGUUGCCUUAGGCGCCCUUGCUGGGCUAGGUCUGCUCGCAGUAGUGAACCUGUGAGAAAGAGGGUGAAAUAAAUUUGGACUUAUUAGUGUGUAAAUUAUCAUUGAGACGUGGUUUUUUUUUUUUUUUUUUUUUGGGAUCAGUUAGUGUUUUUUUAAUUUAUUACUAUGUACCUGAGUUUAAUGAGACAUGAUCAUAUCCGUUAUUAUUUUGGGGGUAAAUUACACACCAUUGCUUAA